AUGAGUAUAUCACUGGAUAGAUAUCAUCAAGGGCAACAUAUUUUGUUCAGGCCACAAGUCUGUUCACCCAUCAAUAAUUGUGACCAAGAAUAUUGUACAACUAAAACUAACCAGAGAUGUCGGAGAUGUGAAGGAUUUGUAGCAGAUAAAUCGUGGUAUCGAGCUUAUAUAAUAUCGGAGGAUAAAAGAACGUGUAAUAAGGCCUGUUCAUGGAGACCAGACAGUAGAUGUUAUCCUGGUUCAUGUAGAGAUGAGCUGUUUUCAAAUUGUAAUUGUUCUGAUGGGUUUACUGGAACCCAUUGUAAUAGAAUUACUGCUAUCCCUGAUAUUCUAUACAAUCAAGUAAGGCUAACUGCUCAUAAUGGUGAAACUGUUGAUGCUCCUGGUGAUUUUGGAGCUGGUUCUCCACAACCUAUAACCUGGACCAAUAUAAUGAAACCAACAAAUCUAUAUUACUCUUUUCAAUCAAAUUACUAUAAACAAAACUCUAUCCGUCCACCAUUUGUGGUCGAUUAUAAAGUUGGUAUUAUUGAUGGAAGGGUUCUUUUCACGAAGUAUGGCCUGAAUGGGGUCCAAACACAGACCAACAGUUGUCCCACCAUUAACAAAGAUAAUCCUAAACAAGGUUUAUUGAAUUGUACUAAAAUCAUAAAACCUAUAUUCUCUGUUCCCUUCCAACAUCUAGAACGGCUGUCUUUUAAAAUAACAACAACUAUUGGAGGAUUUGUUAAAAUACUAGAUCUAGAAAGAAAUGUCAACAACACCUACUACUACACACCAAAAUCACUGUCACGCGAUUUUGAGAUAAAAUUUGACAAUGUACCACCGUACCAUUGUAUACCUGUCAACAAUUGUAAAAAAACCAUGCUAACUGAUAUUGACAUAACUAAGAAGGUAGAGAAUACGGCAUAUUGGGACGGUUGGAUUGACGAUGAUGCUGGUAUAGCUAUAUAUGAACUAGAAAUAUUCAGCAUGAAGUCGGUAGGAAAUGAACUAAUUAUAGACAAACGAAUAUUCGACACGGAAACUACAUUGAAGAGCCAACAAUUUAAUUUAACAAUACCAGGUGUAUAUUCUGUUAUACUUGCUGCAGUAGAUAUAGCUGGUAACAUUAGACUUGCUAGACGAUGUUUGAUAUUCGAUGAUAACAGUCAGGUAUCAACUGUUCAUGAUACUAAUUUAAAAACCACGUCAGCGUCACCUUCUACUAACUACCUCUGGCAACAAAAUCAUGGUCCUGUUACUAUUGACUGGGAAAAUAGGUAUAUUAAUAUUAAACAUCAUAAUGGUAAAUAUCUAGCUGGAAUCCAGGAUUAUCAUGGUCUAGAUUCGGAAUAUGAUGAUCAUUAUGGAACAAGAACAACCAAACACAUUGAUAAUGUUCAAGGUAUAGUACGUUAUGAAACAUAUUAUGGAAUAGAUGACCAUGGAGGUUCUACCAUUCAACCAAUAGAUACUGAUUUUACUACAACUGGUACCCUGAAACAAUCUAUAACAAUUUCUCCUACAUUACAAGAUGGCGACACUGUAAAAAUUUUUAUAAGAGCUUAUGAUAUAGUAGAUUUCUACCUGGAAGAAUCCACCACAGUAUAUUUUGAUAUGUCGCCACCUGUUAUAAAAGAUCUAUGGUUAACUAAAGGAGAUGAUUUAAAUAUAGCUGUCCAUGAAUUCCACGAUUUUGAUAAACUAGUGAUAGAAUGGAUAGCGUAUGAUCUUCACAGUGGACUAGAAACAGUAGAGUGGAAACUUCAUGAUAAUUUUACUGGUGAUGUUAUAUUACAUGGUUCACAACAUAUACCAGUACAAGGGGAAGCACAGAACCUACCAGAAUGUGAAAAGAAAUAUAAAACUUUUUCUCGAGGAUCUGAUUGUUAUUGUACACCUGCUGUUGGUUGUUAUCAUCAACAUUUUCAAGUUAAACCUGGUGUAUCAUUAGAAGAUAAUAAUGGAUUAAUUGACGGAAAACAUCAAGGUGUACAUGAUUAUGAUUAUUAUAUUGAAGUUAAUGUUAUGAAUAAUGCCAAACUGAAUACAACUCUCAUAUACAAGAUUACCAUAGAUACAAGUCCACCAAAUGUUGGUGUUGUACAUGAUGGUAGGUAUGGUGAACCUGAAGUAGAUUACCAACCCGAAAGAAAUCUGCAAGCGCAUUGGGAGGGAUUUUUUGAUAAAGAAAGUGGUUUGAGAUAUUACCACUAUGGUUUUUCUACAAGAUGUUUAACUGCUGAAGAAAUUUUUGAAAUUUUUGAAAUCCAGAACACUCCAGGAAUCUUUGAAACAGUAGUAACUCACGCUACCUGGUUCGCACCUACAGAUGGACAGUAUUUUAUCACAGUGGUAGCCUAUAACACAGCUCUACAACCCUCUCAACCUGUAUGUUCUGAUGGUGUUGUAAUAGAUUCAACACGACCUAUCGUCAGUGAAAUAUUUAUAGAUCAAGCUAGAAUAGAAGCAGGAUUAGUUUCGAAAGAUGGAAAGUUAUAUUAUAUCAAUAAUAGAAGACUAAUUCAUCACAUGCAAAAUCCAGAUCCCGCUUGUUUACAAAAAGGAAGACCAUUAGAAGAUAUCUCGUCGUUUCCAAUAGAAAGAUAUCCCAAUCAAACAAUACAAGAUAGAGAUUUAUGUCAAGAAGAAACAUUACCUAUACAAUAUCUAACACAAUCAUACCUAGUAGAACAUUCUCAUAUAUAUGUAAACUGGACUGGUAUAGAUGUAGAAUCUGGUAUUUAUGAUUAUCAGUUUGGUUUAUCAUCAGAGAGAGAUUCUAUACCUGAUUUAUUACCAUUUCACUCUACAAAUCAUCAUGCAUGGUACAGAGGCUAUCAUCCACAACUAACUGAUGGUACAGAAUUCUUUAUUCAUAUUAAAGCUACGAAUAAAGCUGGACUAGAAACUAUUCAGACUCUAGGACCCAUAAUUGUUCAUACUUCUAAACCUAAAUUUACUGGUAACAUAGAUGUGAAUCUAGGACCACUGAUAGUUCAUACUUCUAAACCGAAAUUUAGUGGUAAAAUAGAUGUCGUACUAGACAAUAAUCUGUUGGUAGCCAAUUGGUCCAAUGCUGUAGUUAAAGAUCCUGGUCACAGUCAACUGAGAUAUACAACAGCUAUUGGUACAACUGAAGGCGGCCAAGAAAUCAUCAAGUUUUCAGAUUUAAACUUUAAUGUACCCUGUCUUGAAGCCUUACCACCCACCUGUACUGUAUUUGAUAUUAUGAAAUUAGACUGGAGUUUACAUCAUGGAUAUAAAUAUUAUAUAUCUAUUAAAAUAGAAAAUACAGUUGGUCUUCAUACAGUAAUAUCAUCAGAAUCUUUAACAUAUAAAUCAUUAUUACCAUCUAAAGGUGUGGUAAUUGAUGUUGGGUUAAAGAGUGAAAUGGACUUCUUCAAUAUUUUGGAACUUGAAGACAGCGACUAUCAACUAUCUACUAGUAUGGUUAGUGUACGAUGGUAUGGAUUUGAAUCCCAAGAAGAAAUAUCUACAGGUAUCAAUUAUAAAGUAGGAAUAAGGAGAGAGAAUGACAGUGAAUUUAUACAAUCUGUUCAUGUCAGCCAACAAACUGAAUACACCUUCAUUGAUCUCCAGUUACAACUUCAUCAGAAAUAUAUUGUAUCAGUAACUGCUACAGUAGCUGGUGUUGGCAGUGUGACGUCAUCAUCUGAUGGAAUGACAGUUGUAGACAGAUCGGAAGAUUUGAGUGAUGAAGUUGAAUUAAAAGAUGGUACUGCUUGUUUUCAGCCAACUGAUCUUGAAGCUAACCAUUACGAUAAUUCUACUGGUACCUUUUGUGGUGAAUCGACAUUUCAACCAUCUAGUUCUAGUUACAGUAUGAAGUGGAAUAUUUCUAAUAAAUAUUACAAUAUAUAUCCCCAUAUAAAUUGGUCUUUACAAAAACAACAUCAAAAUACUGAUAUAUGGCUCAAAGAAUACGAAAAGGAACUUUACACAAGAGAUAGAAUGCUGACACUACCAUACCGUUUAGAAGUUUGUGAAUCCUAUAGAAGUCAUUUACAAUUUUGUAUUGACAACGUCUGUUCUAAACCUGUUUAUUCUGAAGUUAUGUACCAAUACGAAUUCAGGGAUUGUUCAGACCCAAUCCUAAUACGACCAGCUAUAGUUCUAGAUGUUUUUAGACAAGAGAACAGAACUGGAAUCGAACUAGAACCGAGUGCUCGAUGGAACGAGCCGGAUGUGGACUAUACUCCCUAUAAUGAUUUAAUAUCUGCUGUAUGGCCGACAUUAAGACAUAGAAACUAUACGUGGGGAUUAUUAGAGGGUCCAUUACAACCCACGUCAACUUUAUACAGUAAUCCUGAUAUCGUUAUACCAGAUCCUUGUUCUCAUCCUUCUACUAUCAUAUGUGGACAUUCAG